AUGAUUUGUCGAGCGUUCAAGAUUUGUUCACAAGUUCCUUUGCCAGGAAUAAACCCCGACUGUUCUUCAGCUAUUUCAGAAAAAACUUCAAAUAUUGAAACCAUUGAACAAAUUUCUAUUACUACAAAUGGUUUGCUGUUAAAUAAGCACCUUCCAGCUUUAAAAAAAGCAGGUUUGAAAGCUAUAAAUAUUAGCCUAGAUACUUUAAUUCCUGAAAAAUUUGAAUUAAUAACACGUCGCAAAGGUUGGGAAAGAGUUAUGAAAAGUAUUGAUGCAUCAUUGGAUUUUGGAUACAUUCCUAUAAAGAUUAAUUGUGUCGUAAUAAAAGGUAUUAAUGAAGAUGAAUUAUGUGAUUUUGUAUAUUUAACUAAAAAUCAAUGA